GUAAAUGAGUUGCUUUUACACGUUGCGUCGUCUCAUCAUCAGGUUCAUUAUUCGUUAACAGUUGCCAGAUAUUCAGAUUCAUUGCCUCCAGAUCUAGGCUGUUUUGUCCAUGGCACGGACGGGUGAUUCGUUCUAGUCGUCAUCUGUGGCAUGCCGUGUCCCGGCCACCCCCGGGACCCACCUUCCCAUCCCGCUGCCGACGAGUAUGGCGGCCGGUGGCGAUUAAUCGCGACAGAGUGGCAACGGCGGCCGGCGACUAGUCGUAGCAGCUCCUGGUUGACUGGGUCGGAAGUGGUUGAGCCAGCGUGGGGUAUAGAGGCCAGUGUGUGUGGUAGGGCGCAGCUUGUUUAUCAUCAUCAAUCAUAAAGAAACUUUAUGAACCUUUCCCUUGCAUCUUCUUCCUCCUCCUCCUCUCAAAGUCUUCUUUCCGAUCCCCAAAUCCUGCUCAUCAUUACCCUCAGGUUGUCUGGAUGUGUGUUACAUACAUCUGGCCAAAGCAUAGAUCAGGUCAUAUAUAACACAUCAAAGCGUUGACGCUGCAGGCUAGGCAGGCUGAUCAGGUCAUCGUCGUCGAUCUUCCUCGAAGCGAGCGCCAGAUCUCGUCGGUCUCUGCUCACCGGCCGCCUGCUUCUACAGGAUUAGUUAAUUACUUCGCUUCCGCCGCGGUACUGUGGUGUGGUAUUGAUUGCAAAUGGAUGGCCAAAUUGGUAUCAGAUACAAAGUUGACCUAGAGCGCAUGCUGCUUGAUGGAAGUGCAGAGCCAACAUACCUAUGGUUGUCACUUUUAGAAGACAUCACAGACUGUUUCUCUGAUGAUCAGCAAAUUGGUAGUGGUGGGUUUGCAGUGGUUUAUAAAGGAAUAGUCGGAGAACGGAUGGUUGCUGUAAAGAAGUUGUCCCAAACGCUUGAUAUGCAUGAGAAUAAAUUUCACAAAGAGGUUGAGUGCCUGAUGAAAGCCAAGCACAAGAAUAUAGUGCGUUUCCUAGGAUAUUGUUCUGACACGCAAGGGAGAAUUGCAAAUUAUGAAGGUAAGUUUGUGAUGGCAGAUCUGCGCAACUGGUUACUAUGUUUCGAGUAUGUACCAAAUGGAAGUCUCGAUAAGUAUAUUACAGAUUCAUCUGGUGGACUUGAAUGGGGUGAGCGCUACCAGAUAAUCAAGGGAAUCUGUGAGGGCUUACUUCAUCUUCACGAGAAGCAUAUCCUCCACUUAGAUCUAAAGCCAGCUAAUAUAUUGAUUGAUGAUCGGAUGGUACCCAAAAUUGCUGAUUUUGGUCUAUCAAGGUGCCUGGAUAAAGACCAAACCCGAGCUUUUACGUCACACCUAUGUGGAUCGCAAGGAUAUCUGGCUCCUGAAUUCUACAGAGGACAAGUCGCAUUUUUCUCGGACAUAUACAGUCUUGGCGUUAUAAUCAUGGAGAUACUAACAGGAGAGAAGGGGUAUCCAGAAGAUGAGUAUGUAGUUGAGGCUUGGAUGCAUCGGUUGGAGGGAUCAGAUCAAUGCAAGAUACAGUUGGAGCAAGUAAGAGUAUGCAUUAAGAUAGGGAUGGAGUGCAUGGACUCAGACCCAAAGAAGAGGCCCAUUGCACUUCAUAUAAAUGACAGACUUGAUAAACUGUCAAGCGUAGUCAAAACUGGCAUCAACAGUUCAUCAGUCGAACAACAUGUUAGUUUCCUAGAGGGACAAUCUGGUCAAGAGAAAAUAGGAAAUCUUUCAUCCGAGUACCUCAGGAAGGACUUCAAGGAACAUGCUGAAAUAGAAGAACUUGGGGAAUUUGUUGGGACACCUAGAGAAGAUCAUUGGCAGCUAGAUCGAAAAGAAACUCCAGGCGAUCAAUGGCCAUUAUGGGGAGUGCAAGGUACAAAGCAAAAUGUCAUCCCAGAUGGUGCAAGCAUUUGUACUUUUUACUGUGGUUUGCUCUACAAGUUGAUCAAUUUGGACAUUUUCAACAUAAAAGCACGAAUUAAUUACAUGAGGCAUGGUGGGCCUGGCCUUGACUAUAUGAAAUGUGUGAAACAUUUUAAAAGGUGGGAGCUGAAGCCAUUUUUGGAGGAUCACAAUUUAAUUGGAAAAGAUGGAUUUGGGGAAGUUUACCUAGGCAUUCAUGAUGGAGUACCGUUUGUAGUAAGAAAGUUUAUUAGUGGUAUUGGGCUAAAGAAUGGAGAAUUUGCCUUGGAUGUUGCCUACCAAUCUCAACAUGUUCACAAAAAUAUCGUUAGGUUAAUAGGCUGUUCCGUGGAAUUUGACGUCCCGAUGCUAGUCCUUGAGUUUCUCUCCAAAGGUAGCCUCAAUGAAAUUCUUCACAGCAAGAACAGGUUGCCUCUCAACUUAGCUGUGCGUUUACAUAUCGCUGCAGGAUUAGCAGAUUCUAUAGCUUUUUUGCAUUUACACGGGGGUAUGAAAACCUUAGUUAAACCAGCAAAUAUACUCUUGGAUGAUAACUUUGUGCCAAAGAUCUCAAACUUUGGCACAUCAAAGUUCAUUGCAAGAGACGGCAAAGACACUAGAACAUUCAUUGAAGACAUGUAUUAUCUUGAUGACCUUGCUUAUGUGGAUCCGGUGUACCUAGAAAGAGGUGUGCUAACCGACAAAAGUGAUGUCUACAGUUUUGGAGUUGUCGUCUUGGAGCUUCUUACAAGAAAGAAAUCCACACAUGGUAAAAAUAACAACUUAGUAAGUAAUUUUCUUGAGAAUCACAAGCAGGGGAGAAAAUCAACUGAGGUGUUCGACAAGGAAAUCGCAGUGGCAGGAGAUCUGGAGCUUCUUGACAACCUGGCAGAAAUUGCUGUGAAAUGUCUUAACCUUGAUAAUCCGUACCGAAGACCGGAAAUGAAAGAGGUUGGGCGGCGUAUUGCGCUGAUUCAAUCCCGUAAUAUGUGAGUUGACAACUUGAUGCACUUACAUGUGCAGUUUGAACGACAUGUUUGGUGUGUCUUAUAAGCUUCUGAUAGACACAAGCAAUAUGAACACAUGAUGGUCGACUUGACACGCAUGUAACUAUGUAAACAGAUUUUGUAAUGCUCUCCGAGUGUAUAUAUACCACGCUAAAGCAUGCCCUCUAUCGAGCUGCUGGUAUAAGAGAAGGAUUGUUUUUUCUGCGCUUU